AUGACGGUCAGGAUUCCAGCAACGUUCCCAAAGGACCCUAUCCUGGUGAAAUUGCUCCAAGCUGCCCAGUUGACAACCGAGAAAAUUAUCCACGAUGCAUACGGAUUCGACAAGACGUACGGUGAGCUUUUGGCUGAUGUCAUUGCAACUCGUAACGCUCUCCUGGCCAGUCUUCCUCCAUCCGCUCUGACCCCAGAAGGGCUCUUACGGGAAGAUUGCCCGUAUAUUGCCGCCUUAACGUUUGGGGGAUACGAGUUUAUGAUCGCUUUCUUUGCUAUUCGAGCACUUGGUGGAGCUUGUUUCCCACUUGCAUCGGGUAUUCUUCCUGAGGAGGCGGACUACUACCUCUCAGCCUCAAAGGCCACAGCUGUACUUGCUGGUGGAUCAAACAUGGUGCUGGCCAGGAAAAUAACAGCGUUCGUUAAGAACAAAGGGCUGCCUGGCUUUUUCCCCCUCCAGGUAUCCAGUAAUGAGCCGCCAAUUGAUGUGGCUAAUGUCGUUAUUGAUGACUCCCUUAUAUUGGAUCCUCGUGGUCCUGGAGCAGUCCUAUGCACUUCAGGAACUACAGGGAUCCCCAAGGCCGCCGUUCUGCCGAGGAUAUGCCUUGUGGAAAGCCGCCCUCCGCAGUUUGGUGAAGCAACACUCAGCUAUCGGCCACCCCAUUGGCGCGGAGGGUUUGCCAGCCUCAUUGCACCUCCUAUCGAGGGAAAGAAGCUCUACUCGCUUAAAGAACGCGCCUCUGCAGAAAUUGUUUGGGAGGCACUGCGGAAAUAUCACAUCACAAACCUGGUUUUCAACCCAGUGCUGCUUAGAGCUAUGAAGGAUGUCUAUAUUCAAAAAUUAAACCACCUUCCUAUAGAGGAGAGGGAAGCAUAUGUUACUGGGUUUAAAAAUCUGGAACGCAUCAGGUGUAGCGGUACUUUUCUCGCCCCGUCGCUGCUGCAAUUCUGGACGGAUUUAACUGGAUUGCCCCAAAAGAAUGCAUACGGCUCGACAGAAUGUGGCGGCGGGGUGACCUACACAAAUGUUCGAAAGCCAUCAAACGUCAAAUUCUCAUGUGGUCAACUAUCCACGGAACCGCCUGUGGAAAUUAAGUUCUCAAAAGGGACGCACGGCGAGAUCCUCGUAAAGAGCCCAUGGAUGCUGAUAAAGUAUAUUGAGAACGAGAAAGCAACUAAGGCCGCCUUCGACGAGAACGGAUACUUGAAAACAGGUGACAUUGGACAUAUUGUUGGUGAUGAAUAUGUCUAUGAGGGCCGUGCAAACGAUGAUUUUAUCACGAAAGUACCUAGAAUUCCUGUCGAAGUGGCAAUUUCAAAUCUGCCUUAUAUCUCUGAGGCAUAUGUCCUCAGAAUUCCAGAUCACGAAGAACGCGCUGUAUCUGGAGCGCUUAUCCGUGUCAAUGACACAGUUAAGCGAGAGGAUAUGACGAUCGAGAAGCUUCACAAUGAUCUUUCUGAUGCAUUGCCAGCGUACAUGCGCCCUUACCUCCUGAGAGUCCUAGCCGAUGACGAGCAGAUUCCUUUGACUGAUUCGCAGAAACCGCUAAAGCGUGGAAUGCUGAAGCAAUUUUUUGGCGUCACUGACUUUUGGAACGCGGAGAAUCCCACGCCCGGAGUGCAGAUUUGGCCCAUGAGGCUCGCCAUGAGUAGCAUUCCAAACGCCCGCGAUGUGAAACCCUGGGAUUUUGCGGGAUGGCAAGGAUGUUUAUAG